AUGUCGUGCUACCUACAGCAGCGCUUCCCCCGGGUCUACCAGGACCCCAUCCCCAUCCAGUGCCCACCGAUGUACGCUGCCAGACACCUGCCAGUGCCUACCUGGCACUCGACACUGUGCACCCCGCAGUAUGUGACCCCUUGCAUCCCCAGGCAGCAGAUCAUGUCCUCCAGCUUCUCCCAACAGCAGUGUGUGACCAAGUGCGUGCCGCGGCAGCAGUACGCAACCAAGUGUGUGCCAGAGCAGCGGAGUCUGACCCAGCACAUCCUACAGCAGCCAUGUGUGACUCGGUGUGUCACAACUUGCAUGCCGCAGCAGCAGUGUGCGACCGAGGGUGUGUCGCAGCAGCCUUGCAUGACCAAGUGUGUGCCGCAACAGUGUGCAACCAAGUGCGUGACCGCCUAUGCCCCCCAGCAGCAGUAUGCGACCAAUUGCAUCCCGCAGCAGCAGUGUGCGACCAGGUGUGUCACCACGUGUGUCCCGCAGCAGCGUGCAACCAAGUAUGUGUCGCACCAGUUUGUGACCUCUUGCGCCCCGCAGCAGCGUGCCGCCACGUACGUCCCGCAAAAAUGUGCAACCAGGUGUGUGACCAAGUGUGUCCCGCAGCAGU